AUGCAAGAAGUGAAUAAAGCUUUUGAGAUUUUGGCAGAAAAAGCAAGAAUAAGUGCUGAAUUAGAAAGGUUAGCUGCUCAAAGAGAAGAGUUGAAAAUUAUAACAAAAAUGUUUUUUUAUCAAGAACUGACAAGUGAUAUAAGUAUUGAAAUGUCUUUAGAAGAAAUUUCGGCAGAUAAUGGAAACACUUUGGAGGCAGAUAAAGUUAACAGUCCAGCUUUUAAAUUUAAGGAAGAAAUGCUCGCUGCUAUUAAGAAAAGAAAAGAGGAACUUAAAAAGGGAAUAAAUGACCCUUGGCUUGAGAAGGCUAGAGCUAAUGCUAUUGAAGCAAUUGAAAGAAAUCUAAGAGGAAAAAACUUGAAGGUGGAAGAGUUGGAUGAAAAGUAUCAUAAUUAUCGAAAAAACUUAACAGUUUGA